AAAAAAGAUUUAUAUUUUCUAGACUUCAGUUGGUAUAAAGCUUCUGAGUCUGGUUUGCGCUAAGGCGUCUGUUGUGUUAGAAGGCAUUCGGAACCCAUGCACUGACCCCCCUGCAAGCGUCAUCACUUCCUUCUUGUGGGCUACGAGUACCUCAACUGAUUUCCGGGUGGCGGCAUUGCGUAUUCCCAUCACGGGUACCAUUAAAGAGUCGAAGAAUUCAGUCUCAACAAACAGAAAAUCAGAACGCCGGCAAUGGUGGAAGAAACCACCGAGAACGAUAAUGACACACAGGUCAUACCCAAGGAGGAGCGUGAAAGUUCUCCAGAGAAGCAAAACAUUCAACCAGGCUCCGAUACUGGUACCAAUCCUUCGGAUAAUGUCCCCGAGACGGAGCGAACGAAGUUACAAACAGCAAUUAUCAUGGCUUCACUUUGUUCCUCUGUUUUUCUCGCAGCCCUUGAUCAGACCAUCGUUUCCACUGCUCUUCCAACCAUCUCACAGCGUUUUCAAUCCGGAGCCGCGUAUACAUGGGUUGGAUCUGCAUAUGUACUUGCAACCGCUUCAACAACACCAUCAUGGGGAAAGGUCUCAGAUAUCUGGGGCCGGAAACCGAUCAUACUUCUAGCAGUGUCAAUCUUCUUCAUUGGAAGUCUUCUUUGUGCUAUUAGUGUCAAUAUUGCUAUGCUUAUUGCUGCUCGGGCGAUCCAAGGAGUGGGAGGUGGGGGAAUUCUCUUGUUGGUGAAUAUUGUGAUUGGGGACCUUUUCAGCCUGAGAAGUAGAGGCCAGUAUUACGGAAUGGUUGGCAUGAUUUGGGCUUUCGCUUCUGCUAUCGGUCCCAUCUUGGGAGGGGUCUUCACGGAAAAAGUCUCUUGGAGAUGGUGUUUCUACUUGAAUCGUGAGUCUCUUUUUCUUCGGAAUAACAGUUCAACUUUCGAACAGACAUUCAAUUACCGAAGAAUAUCAUAGCUAACCAGAGAAGUACCAAUUACCGGAGCUGUUUUUGUGCUCCUGGUUCUGUUCCUCAAACUGGAUAAUCCAAAGACGCCUCUCUGGGAAGGCUUACGAGCCGUGGAUUGGCUCGGGAGUAUUGCAAUAACUGGCGGUACAGUUAUGUUACUUCUCGGACUCCAAUUCGGUGGCGUAACGUACCCAUGGGGUUCUGUGAAGGUGAUCUGUCUUAUUGUAUUUGGGUGCGUACUUUUCGGACUAUUUGCCUUGGGCGAGAGGAUUGUACGUUAUCCCUUGAUACCCCACCGAAUCUUCAACAAAUCCAAUGUUGCGGUCUUUGGGACUUGCUUCUGCCAUGGCUAUAUCUUCAUCGCCGCAACCUACUUUCUCCCACUCUACUUUCAGGCUGUGCUGGGUGCAACGCCGAUCUUGUCAGGGGUCUACUUUCUAGCUUUUACUCUAUCCUUAUCCUUUGUGGGAGGUUUUGGAGGUUUUCUCAUCAAGGCUACUGGGAAAUAUCUUCUUCUCAUAAGAGGAUCAUGGGUCCUUGCAAUUGUGGGCUUUGGAUUGUUCACUGACCUGGAUCCCUCAGCCAAUUGGGCGAAAAUAUUUAUCUUCCAAAUCAUCGCAGGAGCUGGUGUCGGAGCAAACUUUCAAGCCCCUCUGAUCCCAUUACAAAGCCAUGUAGCACGAGGAGACAUUGCAGCGGCCACAGCAACCUUCGCAUUCAUACGGAACCUAUCUGUCUCUAUUUCCAUCGUGGUUGGUGGUGUUGUCUUUCAAAACCAGGCAUUGAAAAGGAGCUCUUCGGUGCCAUCCGUUAGCCAGGGCCAAGGUCUCAACGCCUUCGCCAUCAUCGACAUUAUACAGCGACUUGAGCCUGCGCAGCAAAGACUUCUUCGCGAGAUAUUCACGGAUUCGUUGAGGACUAUGUGGAUUAUGUAUGCUUGUUUCGCUGGACUGGGUCUUAUUUUCAGUCUUUUCAUUGCGUCGAAGGUUCUCAAUGAGAAACAUGAGGCCACCACACUUGGAUUGGCAGCUGAGGAAGCCAAGCGAGUGAAAAAGCACAAAACUUAGAUGACGGAAAUUCGAUGUAGUCUUUUCACGUCAGCAUUGUAUUUUACUUGAAUGGGUUUGGUUCGGAAAAUGUAUGUAGGCGGAUAUCAUAAUGUCUUGAGCUAGCAUUUGAAAAGCUGUAUAUAGAGAUCUCAAUAAAGCUCUGUAAAAUACCCCGAUUAAACGCAUAUCAAAA